AUGUUGAUUACAUCUCACCUUGAGGACCCUACAUGGAAAGCGCCCAUCUCUCUUCCGGCACUAGCGGGGACCGACACUGGGGAUGAAUGCACGCACGAGAUAUUGGCACCGUGGGAAUUCUUGUAUUCAGUUCCGCAACAUUUCAUGACCUCCUGGUCGGCCGAAGCAACCUUAAGAUGGAAUGUCUUUCAUGCCCUACUUCAAUAUGCAGAAGAAGAACGAAGACCAGGGCCUCAGAAGGGGAAAGUACGAAUACGAGAACCGGACCUAGACAAUCGAUUCGACAUCCUAUUCGAUAGCGUGGACGUGGACAUGGGCUUUGAACAAAAUAGUGCUACAGAAUUCAGAGAAGAUACGCUUGGUUGCGGCAAAUUCCUCGAUGCCGCCGAUGAAGCUUGCGUGUGCGUUGAUAAGUUUCCUAUGAAUGUUAAUAUGAUUGGAUGGAGCGAUGGUCUUCCCUUAGAAAGAACCACCGGAUGUCGCAAAUUAUCCCUUCAUUUCUCUGGGCUGACGACAACUGUGUGGCCGGAUUGCAUCGCCUGCAUCGAGGCCGUUUCAAGCCUCAAGUUUGAGAAACGCAUGAAGGCUCAACGGGCGAUCGAUACCGGUGAACCUAUUAGCCGGUCUAUCAACUGGGCCCUAGAAUAUUCAAACGCCACAUACAUACUUGAAUCACGCCAUGAUAUUGGCAGAGCGGCACAGCGUGUCGAGACCUUCUUAGCAAUGUUCUCUCUCAGGUUCGCCUUCACAGUCACUCUUUUGGCUCUGCCAUCAGUGGAAUGUCUUUCAAACGCCAAUCUCUUGGUCUCAAACUGGCAAAACUCUACUGUAACUCAUUCGCAAGGUGGGAAUGCAUUGUGUUUCUCUGGAAAGGUUCCUGUCCCCGUCAUAGCUACAACGACAAAGCUUUUACUACCUAAGCUUGCUAGUCAAACGGAAGUAACCCAAAUUUUUCAGGAGCUGCUCCAAAGUAAUUCAAACAUCGUUACUACGGCCUACGGAGGAACCUCCGCCAUCAAUCAGACAUUUCAGAUUGACGCCACAUAUUGUGUACCGACAAGUAAUUCUUCCGCGAAGACCAUACAGAUUUUGACUCACGGCAUUGGCUUGGACAAGAGCUAUUGGGAUAUAUCACCGGGUUACAGCUAUGUCGAUGCUGCCGCCGUCGCUGGAUAUGCCACUCUCGCUUAUAAUCGUUUGGGCGUUGGAGGCUCCGAUCAUCCUGAUCCACUCCAGAUCGUCCAGGCUUCAAUAGAUGUCGAGAUACAACAUGGUCUCACAUCAUUGAUUUGGCAAGGCUGGCUCAACAAGAAUUUCAAGAGUGUCAUUGGGGUUGGACAUUCAUACGGUUCAAUUAUUCAGCUAGCGCAGAAUGCAAAAUACCCCAAUGAUGUCAAUGGUACAGUGUUGACGGGGUUUGUCAAUGAUGUGGCAUCUUUGAGCUAUACCAUCGCUGCCAACAAUCCUGCAGUCGCAGCUAUCAACAAUCCAAAAUUAUGGGGCAAUCUAUCAUACGGUUAUGUAGUCCACGAUACCGCCAUAUCAAUCCAACUUCCAUUCUUUAGGGCGCCAUACUUUCCCGAGAGCACAUUCAAUCAUCAAGUUGCUCAGAAGCAGACGUAUACUAUCGGUCAGCAAUUCACGUUGCCCACUAUCUAUUCAACUGCCCCAAAGUUCACAGGCCCAGUUGACAUAGUCAUCGGAAGGUACGAUUUUCCAUUCUGUAAAGGAAUGUGCAAUCAUCCCAUCGAUUUAGCCGCGGCUACGAUACCAGUACUGUACCCAGCUGCAAAUGCCAAGUCAGAAAGUUUUGUUGUGCCCGACUCUGGCCAUCUUAUCAACGCACAUUACAGGGCUGGUGCUCAAUUUGAUCACAUCAAUGGUUUCCUUGUGGUGGCUCUUUCAGCAACCCUAGCUGUGACGCUCAGAUUUGUGUCACGAACGUUUAUCAAAUCGUUUGGCGCAGAUGACUGGCUCAUUCUUGCGGCUUUGCCUUUGGGAUGGGGAAUGGCAAUCUGCACGAUCAUUGCUGUCCACUAUGGACUUGGGCAACAUGCUCUAUCAGUCCCCCCGGAAAAUCUUGUCCCAUUUAUCAAGGUCUACUUUGCUUCAGAAGUCAUUUGGGCAUGCUCAAUGGGACUGAUCAAAAUAUCCAUUCUCCUUCUUUAUGUCCGCAUCUUUGGAUCCCUGAGGUAUUUUCGAAUUCUUGCCUACGGCUUUGGCGGCUUUACUUUUGCUUGGGCAGUGAUGGUUGUUAUUGUUUGUACCUUUCAAUGUUUACCAGUCGCGUACCAAUGGGACAAAACAAUCGAAGGAGGAAAGUGCAUCGACUCCUGGCUUUUUUUCACGAUCGGGUCGUCUUUCGAUGUGCUAGUUGAUUUGGCUUUGUUAAUUCUCCCUAUUCCGGCGGUCUGGAACUUGCAGUUAUCAGUACUCCAGAAAUUGUCGGUGAUUGCUAUCUUCUGCCUUGGGUCGCUUACUUGCGUCUUCAGUUUGAUACGACUGGUUGCUGUUGCUCAAGAUAAAAACGAUCCGGAUCCGACUUUCUCUCUUGGAAUCGUGGCAAUCUGGUCAACUGCAGAACCAUGCCUCGGAAUAGUUUCCACCUGUCUUCCCACCUACAAACCUAUCAUUAUAAAGUUGUUCGGCCAGAAAAAGGAAGUGGGUGGCUCUGGCGCCAGCAAGUCAAUUGGUGGUAAUAGCACAUUUGGAAGCAAGUUCAAGAAAAAUGGCGGUCGAGUUACCCUCACGUCUGGUUCCGAGAACGAAGAUGAUCUCCAGUUAGUCUGCAGUCAGAAGGAGUUAUUGUCUCUUCAGACCUAUGCUACCACAGGCGGCGAUAGCACACCGAAUGGACAGGAUAUUCCGAUGGACAACAUCCAUGUGCGAACAAAGAUCAAUAGUACUUGGUCUCAUAAUGUCUAG